AUGUUAGGAGAGAUUGGAGAACUUGGUUGCAAGCGGGAUGAAAUUCAACUCUUCAGGGCAGAGGAGAAUUGGAGAACAAGAUUAGAGGAGAUUGUGGAGAAGCAAGUGAAAGAUCUUCAGGAAAUGGAGAGUCAAGUCAUCAGUAGUGAGGAUGAGCCCAUGGACACAGAUAAUAGUCAGGAGGAUAUAUCACCCUCCCAGCUAAGCAUCCCAUGCACCCCUGCGAAUGAAGUGGAAUAUCACUACUCACAAAAUCCAGACAGUGAACCAUCUCAAAGGCAGACCUUCAGCGGAGAUGUUGCACCAGUCGUCAAUGAGGAGUUAGUUCAAUCUAUCCUGGAAGCUUCACAGAGAUUGUCACAAUCUCAGGCACAAGAUACAUGUGAUGAGGAGCUUGCUAAUCUUCUGGUAGAUCUUGUUCAUGAGGAGGAGGAAGAAGACCUGGUACUAUCUGGGAGAAGGAGCACCCAAAGCUCGAGAGGGAAUCCUAGGCCUUCUGGAAUUGAUAUAUCAGAUUCUGAUGAUGAAGAUAGCCCAGAGCUUGAGGCUCAGGAAGAGAAGGAGAUGUCUCAGGCUUGGAUUGGUCUUGAUGAUGAACUUGAAGAAGCAGAUAACAGUGCACAUUUGGAUAAUCUCAUUAGUGAGAUAGAAGAUGGAGGAGGAGAUGCAUCUCAGAAAUCAACUCAGAGAAGUGAUGUGAUAAUCCCUCAACUUGAUGGAAGUUCAGACGUCAAACCAGAAGAAGGUGAAAAGAAGAACAAAUCAAAGUCCCUUCUGGGUAGUGGCAGAGGAGGUGCAAAGAGUCCCCGUAAGCAAGAUGGUGAUGCAGAGCCUGAAAGACCGUUAGCAGCAGAUAAAAUUGCCAGGAAUCCCCACAUGACUGUCGAUGGUCCUCUAGGGGAAAUCAGUGAUGCUUUGCUGGCCUUGGAGGAAUCGCCUAAAAAGAAAAGUAGGAGCAGAAAGAGGAAGGGACUCUCACUUUCAUCCAGGAGUCCAAGAGGUCCAAGAAAACUCUUGAAUGGGAAACAGGACGAAGCUUUCCCUGUCUUCGAAAGAUCCGGCAAGGUCCAAAGGAGAAGGACCAGUAAUUCAAGAUCAAGAGUGAAACGGGCCAAGCGGAUACUACAACUAGAAGAUAAAGUUGAGGAAUCUGCCGAGAACUGUAUGCCCAAACCUCUAGUGUCACUCGGAAGAGGUAGAAUGGGAAAUAAGAGCCCUCGUGUGUCAUCAGAGAAGGAAGCUUUUCCGUUCUUUGCCGGAAAGGUGUCCAGAAGUCCUCAGAAGCCCUUGCAGGGUCCGUUAGAGAAGUACUCCAAUGCGAUUGAAUAUAACAUUGCUCCUUGUUUCCAGUAUGCUGAAUCCUUGAAGCCAAAAGAUCAUAAGAAGUCAUUGCAACAAGGGAACACCUCACCAAGGCCCAUGGAUACCAAGAAAAGGAGAAAUAGGCAACCUUCUGCAAAUGAAAAACAUUCAAAAACUAGUCCAAGGCAAACUAAACACACCGCAGAGAGCCAAUCACCAAGGUUAAGAAGGAAUGGUUCCAAGGCAGAAGAUGAUGAGACUUCUCCUUCAAGCAGAAGGAGGAGACUCUCGAUGAAAGAGGAGUCCUCCAAACAAAGGUCUAGUGGGACAAAUAGCCAUGUUGCUAGAGUCGGGCGAACAAAUUCAGAGGUUUCUCCCAGGAAACGAGCAUCUCAAGAAUUCACAAGACUUCAAAGUGUGUCCUCAGACGAAGACUUUAAAGAGAGUAAACCGCAUGCAUCAUUCCGUAGAGGUAAUGCUGCAAGCAAGGACUCUCGCAAGAAGGUAGAAACAGGAAAAGCAACUCGGAAAAUGGCCAAGGGGAAAAGAUCAAAUAACAGCUAUCGUCAAAUACCUGAUUCACCAGAUGUUGUUGAAGGUAGUCCUGUUUCCAACCCUAAAGAAAAGAGUAGGUCACCUGGUAAGCAUGGCAUUGGUAGAGGGGGUAAAAGGAGCCCUAGAAGUCAACAGCAACAAAGUGAUACACCAUUCAUCUCAGACAGAUUAAUACGUAGCCCUCACAAACCAAUGGAAGGACCCGUCUCUGUUUACAGUAACUCCAUUGGUUACAAGAUAGCACCUUUAUUUCAAUAUGCAGAAUCUGUUAAACCCAAGCCCAAAGUGGUCUUAACUCCUUUAGAAAUCCCAACACACAGCCCUUCAAAGAGUCCAAAUAUCCUGAAGAGAAGUAAUAGUAUAGCUAUUAGUGCCUCUGAGAAAUCUCCAAAGAUGCCAGCCAAUGUUGUUCGUAGAAGAAGUGUGCCAGCUGGAAGCUCCCCAGACAAAUUGAUUAGGAGUCCAUCAAAAAGUCCAAAGGCUCAAAGAAUCUUGUUGGAUAAGUCAUCUAAAUCUCCUGGUAAAUAUUCAAACAGAAAUAAAGAUAAAGUUGCAAAAAGGAGUCGUCCAACUACAAAGGCUGAAGUGAAAGUAUCUCCAAAGCAAAAGAGGAGCCGACAAGAAAACUCUGUUUCCAAUAUGGAAUUAGAUUCUCCAGAGCAAUCACAGUCUCCCUUACUUGGUCAUUCAUUUGUCUUUGAUGGAAAGAUGACUAGUCCAGUAACAGUUGGAAGGGGACAUAUGGGCCAAAAAAGGCGGUUGAAGGAGAUGGAAGACAAAGGAUCACCCGUGCUUUCCUCAAAACAGAUUGGAAGGUCACCUCUCAAAGCCAUUCGGGAUCUCUCUGGAAAACUAGUGAAGCUGCCAUUCUCUGAUUAUCAAGAUUUGGAUUUGGCAGAAUUUAAGAAUGAAAAAAGCCAGCAAGGUAAAAAGAAGAAUGUUUCUGAUAAGAGCAAAGAAGUCAAGCAUAAACAGGCAAAGCAGGAGGCAGGUACUUCUUCCAAACAGCAGCAUUCUAAAGAUGAAAAAAGGUCCAAAAAGACUGCAUUGCAGAGAGAUGCGAAUGCAGGCCAGAAGAAGAAGAAAGAUAAGUACCUUGAUGGAGGGAGCAAGAAAAAUAAAAAGGAAAAGGAACCUGAAGUAAAACCAGUGAAGAAGAGUCGAAAGCAUUCUACUUUGAAAUUUGAUCCUGUUACGAUGCCUUCCGUGAGGCUGCGGGUAACUACGUGGCCAAAGUUGAAAGCAUGCAAGGAGCUUAACCCUAAUCUUAUCUUGAAAAAACUCUGUUUGGAUGAGGCAAGUUGGGAUGAAGUUGUUAGGAAUGCUCUCUACCGAGAUCUUGAUCGGCUGUCAAAGAGGAAGAUAAGUCAGGGAGAUGAUGAAAAUAUAGACGCGAAGAGAACCAAGAAUGGCAUAAAUGCCCCAUGGGGGAGAGGCCCAGCAUCAUCAUCACCAAGGAAAGAGCAGAUGAAAGCUAUAAUGGCUGCAAAAGAAGGCAAGGAUAUCUACAAGAGACUAAAAGGAGCAGGUCCAAGGAGGAGAGCGAGAUCCAAGAUCGAGGAUAUCUACGGGGGUGGUCCUGACAAUAAAGUUUGGAACUUUGUUCCUCCAAUCACUCCUCCAGAUGAUGAGAUCACAAAGAACCCUAUUCCUGAGAUAUCAGAACUGAGCAAGGAUGAGUCAAGGGAUGUGAUGUGGCGGUUGGCGUGCUAUUCACCGCAGCAUCCAGAGAAUAUUAGUUCACCACCAAGAUGCUGGUCUCCCCUAAGCAAGAUCUCUGAUGUUGAAGCUGAAUAUGAAGACGAUGACUACAUAGAUGAGGAACAAGGAGUGGAACCUCUGAAAGGAGAGGAUGGUGGAAAGGAGGAAGUGACUGUCACUGUACCGACCUCUGAUAAUGAAAUGGAUAUCAUUGAGAGAAACCUUGGCCAGAUCUCAGAUUUCAGCGUGUAUGAAAAGAUGUUGGGUGGCACAACUGCUGGAAGAUCUCUCCAACAAGAAACAAAGACUAAUAACGAGGAGUUUGCCCUUGAACAUUUCCAGGAAGAUGUCUCUGGAAUCUAUAAUCAUCUUCAUGGAGACUCUGAAAAGGAUGCCAUCUCUGAUGAAUUUGCCAAACUUGAUAAUUCAGCUCAUAAUAGCCAUGUGAACAUCAAGAAUAGAAUACCAUCUCAACAAGGUGGUCAGGUUUCUAAUCUGCAAAGACAAAUAAACAAGGUUAAUGGUAAUCACCAUACUACCAAAGCGCAGGUUCACCAUCAUGUGGCAAGUAGCCAGAGUCAGCAUACUGGAAGAGGAAUUGAAAGCCAGUCAAGACAUUCAAUACCACACAGUACCCCUCUUCUACCUCAAAACAAUGUCAAUAUGCAAGCAGCAUCACAAUCCAAUUCUGAAGGUAGUGGAAGCAACAGUUCAUCUCAGAUAACUCCAGGCCAGAAGACACCUACCUUUUCUGCCGAAACAAAUUCUGGAUCAUCAUCUUCAUAUACAGCUCAUUCCCCACGUGGCAUAGAAAGACGUACAAGCAGCUCCAGUCAGUUUACAGUCCAUAGCCAAGGAAUGACCUCCCAGACACCAGGAUCACAAGAACCAACAACCAUUCCAGAAACAGAUUCAGAACACAGCAGUGGCAGCCCUCCUCAGAAUCAGUACAAUUCCAGUCAGCCUACACAAAUUGCCAGUCAAGGCAGUCAAUCCAAAGAACCCAUUGUCCAUCCAGGAAACAGUACCAACAACCAAUCUAUGUACUAUCAUGGUGCUUCCCAUGCCAGCCAAAGCAUGUAUGAAAUGUCCAACCAUUCGUUCAAUCAGUCAACAGCGUAUGGUAAUGAUAGGGUGUCCAAUCAGAGUCAGGGGUUCAGCCAGUCCCAUCUCCCACCCUACCCAUCUCCUGGUAGUAACCAAUCUCAUGGUUACCCACCAUAUCCAUCACCGCAGUCCUCCUACCCCAACCCUCCUCCCCAAUCUCCAAACCAUCAGAGCCAACCCUCAGGAUCCCAGUCCCCAGCCUACCGAGUACCCUACCAGCCUGGUCCCCAGCAGCACCCGUACCAGGACACCAAUGGAUCAUCAGUCCCGGCAGCUAAGCCCAAGAUUUGGCGGCCGGUGGCUAUGCCUCCGACAGAUACCAUGGUCAGAAAGAGUCUUCAGGAGUACGGAUUACCCGAGGUUCACCAUCAAGGAGCAUACUGGGGGAACCCUCAAGAUCAUGCUGGAAGACAGAGGGAGGGCCUUGGCCAAGCACAUGUUCAGACCAUGCUUCCCUCGUCACUACAGCCUGCUGACACCCCUUGUGGUACAAUGGGACUGAACCAUUGGCAGACAGUUGUCCAAUCACAGGGAGAAACACCUUCUUCCCAGGGCUAUUCCACUUCUAAUCAGGGGUACAACUGUGAUGCUGUGUGGAUGCCUUCAAAGUAUCCUCCACCCAGGGCUUCUGUUACUGGAUGGCUGAAUAACAAACAGCAAGGAGAGCAGACACCCGGUAUCAGGCAUGACAAUGGGUCAGGUAUGCCAGGGUACCAACAGAAUCCAGAACAUAGUCAACAUGCUGUCACGCUGCCACACAACUCACCGGGACAGACUAGUACGCCUUUCUUGCCUCAACAACACAACGGCACCCUGCACAGUCAGAAUAACCAGUUUACAACGCUACAAGGACAACAAGCAAACACAUUGAGUGACAAUCACAACAAUGCACAUCAUCUACCAGGCCAUCAACCCGUUGUUUCCCCUCAGGGUACUUCACCCAUGCAAUCUGGUGCUUACCCAGUACAACCAUCUACUCAACAAGUUGCAACUCCGAGGCAACAACCUCUACAAGCAACUCAACCACUUUCUGUACCAGUCACAUCUUGUGGAAGUAGCAGUGGCCUCACUGCACAGGACCAAAAGUAUUCCUCUUCUGCCACCAACUCCAACAACCUUGCAAGAACUCCAGGGGUUAAGCAGAACACUCAACCAAUUCAAGGUUCCAGCAUGAACACUCCUGUGGCAGGGAUUCCCAAAGGGGUGCAGAGUUGUACCCCUCCUCUGUCAAGCACCCCACUCCGUCCAUUGGCAAGGACUUCUGUGAUGUCUCAAGAACAGCCUGGUGUGACACCCAUUGCUAUGCAGAAGCCUACACCUCUCAUGGAUCUUACAAAGUUGAAGAAUCCUUCCUAUCCAAACACUCCUGCACAGGUGACACCUGAUGUUGGGAUGCGAAGAAAACGUUCUCUGGUCUCUCAGAUAGAGGGACCAACCCCAAAGAAUACGUAUGGUUUCAAGGUCAGUCAGGGGAAUUCCCAAGAUGCUAAAGCUCUCCAUGUGGUUCAGCAUCUGACCACGAUGAGUCUUGAAGUCCAUGUUCGUACCAGACGAGACUACCACCCCGACCCUGACUUUGACCCCAUACGGGCCAUCUUCUACUGCAUCCACAAAGAUGGCCCUGACAACAAAACCCCACCCAGCAACCAUCACCAUGGUGAUGCCGAGGAUGGGAGCAAGGACAUCAGUGAUGAGGGUCACAGCAGUGUUGGUGUGAUCAUGGUUGACCUCUCUAAGAAGGGGUCAAAGAGUGAGGAGGGUGCCGGAGGGAUCACGACAGACUUGAAUGCAGUGACCCAACGAGACUGGAUGACCAGGUCAGGGGUCAUGGGGUUAGAGGUCACAUACGUUGAGGAUGAGAAGGAAAUGUUUGAGGAGUUUGUCAAACUUGUGAGGAGACAUGAUCCUGACAUGUUAGCAGGGUUUGAGAUUCAGCAGCUUUCCUGGGGUUAUCUCUUCCAAAGGGCAGCAUUCCUUGAGGUACAGCUCUGUCAACUCAUCUCACGGUUACCAGAUGAGACUCGUGAGAGUCAUUUUUCAGCAGAUAAAGAUGCUUAUGGUGCAGAUCACAUGUCAGAGAUCACUGUGGCAGGAAGAAUAGUUCUUAAUCUAUGGAGGAUCAUUAGACAUGAGGUGACUCUCAACAUCUACACCUUUGAGAAUGUAGCCUACCAUGUUCUUCAUCAGCGGUUACCACUAUUCACAUUCCGUUCAUUGACUGAUUGGUUUGAUCAUAAUACUGCCUGUUACAGAUGGAGGACAAUAGAGUACUAUGCUGAGAGAGUUAAAGGGAAUGUUCAGCUUAUCAAGAAACUAGAUCUUAUUGGAAGGACUAGUGAGUUGGCCAGACUGUUUGGUAUUGAGUUUUACUCUGUGCUGUCUAGAGGAUCUCAGUAUCGGGUUGAAUCCAUGAUGCUACGGCAGGCUAAGUGUGCCAAUUACAUCGCAGUAUCACCCAGUGUUCAGCAGAGAUCGCGAUCGAAGGCUCCAGAGUGUAUCGCUCUGGUCAUGGAGCCAGAGUCAAGAUUCUAUGAGGAUCCUGUCAUAGUACUCGACUUCCAGUCACUCUAUCCGUCAAUGAUGAUUGCAUACAACUACUGCUUCUCUACUUGCCUUGGUCGUGUGGAACAUAUUGCCCAAGGGGGCGAGUUUUCCUUGGGAUGUCAUUCUCUCUCCAUCCCUCCAAAGCAGCUUGAUCAGCUUCUUGCCUCAGAUGGUAUCCAUGUAUCUCCAAAUGGUGUAGCCUAUGUGAAACACAGUGUCAGGCAUGGUGUCCUACCCAGGAUGUUAGAUCAGAUUCUCAAUACUCGUAUCAUGGUCAAGAAAGCUCUUAAAGACCAUAAAGGAGAUAAGGUAUUGGAAAGGAUGCUUGAUAACAGGCAGCUAGGAUUGAAGCUUAUAGCAAAUGUGACAUAUGGCUAUACAUCAGCUAACUUCUCUGGAAGGAUGCCAUGCAUUGAGGUUGGUGACAGCGUAGUGAGGAAGGGACGUGAAACCCUUGAGAGGGCUAUUAAGAUGGUUGAGACCACAGCUAAAUGGGGUGCAAGAGUAGUAUAUGGAGACACAGACAGUUUGUUUGUGCUGGUGAAGGGUGCCACCAAGGAAAGAGCUUUUGAGAUUGGGAGAGAGAUCGUUGCAGCUGUGACAGCUGAGAAUCCUAAACCUGUCAAACUCAAGCUAGAGAAGGUAUAUAAACCAUGUGUUCUUCAAGCCAAGAAGAGGUAUGUAGGAUACAAGUAUGAGUCACCAGAUCAGAAAGAUCCAGAGUUUGAUGCUAAAGGAAUAGAGACUGUGAGAAGAGAUUCCUGCCCAGCAGUUGCUAAGAUGUUGGAGAGGUCACUCAAGAUCCUCUUUGAGACCAAGGAUGUGUCAAAGGUAAAGCGUUAUGUCCAGCAGCAGUUCCAGAAGCUCAAUGCAGGUCAGAUUGGUCUCCAAGAUCUCAUCUUUGCCAAGGAGUAUAGAGGAAGACAGUACUACAAGCCCACAUCUUGUGUGCCAGCAUUGGAGAUUGCCAAGCGAAAACUUGCAGUGGACCGUCGGUCGGAACCCCGGGUAAGCGAGCGUGUACCCUAUGUGGUGGUCCACGGGAGCCCUGGAUUACCCCUGAUCCAGCUGGUCCGUACCCCUCAGGACUACCUCCAGGAUCCCUCCUAUAACCUCAAUGCCCCAUACUACAUCACAAGGCAGAUCAUCCCAGCAUUGAAUAGGGUGUUUGGUAUGAUGGCUGUAGAUACCCUGGAGUGGUACCAAGAACUGCCCAAGGUGGUCCACGUCAACACGGUCCCUAGCAAGGGCUCGGCUAAUACCAGGAAGGGCACCAUCUCCCAGUACUUCUGUAGCCUCAACUGUGCAGUAUGUGAUAGAUUGACCCAGUCUGGUCUGUGUGACUCAUGUCGGUCAAGCCCUCAGACAACGGUCACCUCGCUGAUGAAGAGAAUCCAAGACUGGGACAGAGAGAGGACACAGAUAAACAAGAUCUGUACCAGCUGCUGUGGCUUUGCUGAUAACAAGCAGCAUUGCACCACACUAGACUGCCCAAUCCGGUUUCAACUGGUCAAAUCCGAACACAAGAUGGAGAAAGUGGAACACUUCCUCUCAUUGGUGCAAUCCAUAGAACCACCUAGUACGUGAGCUCUGAUUGGCCAACUGCCCUUCAUGUGUGUAUGUAUCAACCAAUCAAAUUGGACUGUUGUGUUGUUUUCCUACACAGUGAUUAAAUCAAUUUCUGACUGUUCAAAUAUAUUUUCCUGCAUAAGAAGGUCAAAAUGUGGUAAAGCUGAAUUACUUUUAUAUGCAAAGGUGUACUGUAUUUUGUGUGUGCGUGCCAUAUCUCGCUAUGUUAUAUUAUUUGCCAAUAGUAUGAUUUUGAUUCUCAGUGUAUGUAGAAUAUGCGUGUAUAGAAUGUUCAUGAUAACUUUGCACAUGAAGUAUAGCAACAAUGUGAAAGAAAAUGGGUAACUGCAUUACAAUGUUAAACACAAUUCAAUGAGCAUGAUUAUAAAAAAAAACUGUUUCUUUGUUAUAUACUGUACAAUUACUGUGAUGCCUUUUUACUAGUUUUUAAUAAAUUGUAUAUAUUGUUUAUAAGUAGCAUGACUUCAAUAGAUUUGUUCACACACCUUGCAUAAUGAGCUAGGAAUUGAUUUGUGUAUUUGAUUUCAUUGUUUCAUUUCAUUGUGUUUGAAUAUUAAAACUACAAUAUUUGCUGCAUUUUAGGCCUACCUCCUUUUCUGCCAUUGAGUUACAUGUAUAAUGGUCAAUUUACUUCUUCCAAUUUAAUUUACUGCUAAGCAUUGUAUGUUCAUUGAAUACCAUUAGAGUACCUCUGAGAUGGAGUGGUCAUGAAGUAGAUUCAGUUGCUACAAUAAUUUUCCUUAUGCACAUAAAUCAAAGAGGCAUAAACUAUCCUGAACCUGUAUAAGUGUUAUGAAAAGAGUUUAUUAAACCUCCCUAUCUAGCACUACAUUUUCCCUCAAUCUUCACAAGUUUAUUUCCAAGUAUGCUUUGGAAAAUGUCUGAACAUGCCAACCCCCCCCCCCCCCUUUAGGUGCAUGUACCUUUCUUUGGCUUCACGAUCUUACAUCGGUUUGAUUAGUUGAGUCUAAAGCUCUAAAAUCAGAAUUUAUGGUGAAAACGUUAACGUCAUCGGAUUCACGUGCUUUAUGGAGUCAAGUUUAUAUUCACUCGCCAAAAAAAGGCAUUAAUUAGGCAUACUAACUCGGAGUCGAUCAGGUUCUAGUUUCAUGUCAUCAUUAUACUUGCAAACAACUUUGAUAUUUCACAUUCUUAAAUUUUGGUGGGGUGCAGAAAAGGCAGGUUUAGUUUCCAUCCGUGUUGUAAUGAACACUUUUCCAGUUAAGUUGAUAAAAUAUUCUACAUUCAAUAGGCUUCCUCUAGACAUAAGGGUUGUAUUAAUAUUUAUCGUGGGAGUACUUUUGAAACAAAUGCCAAGAUGUUUGCCAGCCAUCUUGGUUUUUUUUGUAACCCAAAACAUAUUUGCCAAUUUCCAUCUUGGAAGUACUU